CACGACGCCCGCGCUCCACCCACCGCUGCUGCAUCUCCCCCGCCACGGGGGCCCUCGCUGUCGACGUUGGUUGACCCCGCUGCGCCGCCUGCCGUGCAUAGCGAGUGCUUCUGGGCGCCCCCCGGACAGUCGACCCUCGCGCCUUCCGCGAUACCACCCGCGACUGCCCCUUCGGCCACGCCCGCUCUUCCCGACUCCCACCCCCACGAUGCCCGAGAAACGGCCGUACCCAGGCGACCACGGCGAUGCCGUCAAGCGCGCAAAGCCCGCCGUCGACCCUGUUGCUGCUGCGAAGGCUGCCGCCGCCGCAAAGGCUGCCGAGAUCAGAGCCAGGAUCGCUGCGAGGAAACCACAGAGCAAUGGCGCAUCGCCGGCCCCAUCGCCGUCGCCCGCACCGACACCCGCGCCCUCGGCAGCGAGUUCCAUGUCCAAGCUCGAGGCCAUGAAGGCGCGGACCGCCGCGCUGCUGGCCAGCAAGAAGAUCGACUCCAAAAUCGAGGCCAGCACCGCAGCCGCUGCAGACAGGCCGCAUGCCGCGGCCGCAUUCGACGCCCGCAGGCCGGCCGAGACCAAGGCCAAAGCACCCGCGCAGCCGUCCGAGGAGGACAAGAAGAACCCCUACUACGAUCCAAAGCCCGUUCCUGGUGCCAAGGCUCGCGUCUCGCGCGGUCUAUUGUUCAACUCACGGGGCAAGUACCUCGAGCAGGCCUCCAAGCUACGUGCGCAGAACCGCUUAGAGGAGAUCAAGAAAGCGCUUGCCUUGCAAGCCCGCCGCGCUGGCCUGGACGAGAACAGCGAGCGCGGCUUCUUGGUGCAGCCGCCGCCGGACGUCGAGUGGUGGGACGAAGGUCUACUCGAUGAGAAGACAUACGACUGUAUCCAAGACGAGUCCAAGGUCAAGAUCGACGGUGACGAUUCCAUCAUCACCAUCUAUAUCCAGCAUCCCGCUUUGGUCAAAGCUCCGCAAGACAAGCGCCUCAUCGAGACGAAACCCAUGUAUCUCACCCCCAAGGAGCAGGCCAAACUACGCAGGAUGCGCCGGGCUGAGGACCUCAAAGAGCACCAGGCCAAGAUCCGUCUUGGUUUAGAGCCCCCGCCGCCUCCGAAGGUGAAGCGCGGAAACAUGAUGCGCGUCAUGGGAGAGCAAGCCAUUGCUGACCCGACCGCGGUGGAGAUGCUGGUCGAAUCACAGAUUGCACAACGCCAUGAAGACCACGUGAAGACCAACGAGGAGCGAAAACUUACCAAGGAGCAGCGACUUGCGAAGCUUGAGACCAACCAGCAAAAGGACGCUCAAAAGGGUCUCUACAUGUGCGUUUUCAAGAUCAACACCUUGGCUUAUGGAAAGCACCGCUACCAGGUCGACCAAAACGCAAAGCAGCUGGCUCUCACCGGCAUCACUAUAUUCAAUCCGAAGAUGUGUCUGGUCAUAGUCGAGGGCGGCAUUCAUUCUGUCAACAAGUACAAGAAGCUCAUGCUCAAUCGUAUCAAGUGGGAUGAGAAUGCCCGGCCUACUGAGAUUCAGGCCGAAAAGCAAGCGCUGGAACCGAAGUGGAUGCGUUCUAUGGACGAGAACGGAGAGCUAAAGGACCACUCCCACAACACGUGCGUUCUUGUCUUUGAGGGCGAGCUCAAACAGCACGGCUUUCGCAAGUGGGGUUCGAAGAUGUGCGAGACAGAUGGUGAAGCCCGACAAGUCCUUGGGAGGAGCAAGAUUGACAGUAUGUGGGCACUAGCGCUUGCCAAGGGCCCCGAGUAGAAGGCCGCGCGGACGCCACAAUCAACAACGUCAAGAUGGGUACACUUGACUAUACAGACUCUUCGCUUAGCGGUCGAGAGCACGCAAGGCUCACUCGAGUGACAGAUCAACCAAAAUUAUGGAUACCGUUCGAAGUGAACUGGCGGUCAGGCGAGAGCAGAGUGACUAUGACCUGCUCGGAAGGAAACCGCUUACCAGACCGCUGCUCCAUCGGCGUCCAGGUUCUUCCGGUGCGAGCACCUACGCCGUGGUGUAUCAUCUUGCUCGGUCGUGCAGUCCAGUAUGUACGUCUGCAGAGAUGUAUAUUGUUUUGUUCAGUGACUGUAAGUUUACUCUACCGCCCAUAGUUGGAAUGCACAUAUUAAUGCAAACCGUGU